UCACCAAUGGCUCCUAGCUUUGAUGAUAGCAGCUCGCUUUUCAACUUUGUUGUCCGAGAUGGAAAUGGUGUCAAAGGAAUAGUGGACUUAGGCUUGUCGAAGGUGCCACAGGCUUACAUGCAACCACCAAAAGAGCGAAUAGACAAGCAAAACGCGAGCAAACAUGAGCAACCACCGAUUGAUUUGUCGAGGCUAGGUGGCCCUGAUCAUGAUGAAGUGGUCAAGGAAAUUGUUAGAGCUGCUGAGACUCUGGGCUUCUUCCAAGUUGUGAACCAUGGAGUGCCUGUUGAACUACUAGAGUCCCUUAAGGAUACCGCGCAUAAUUUCUUCAGCCUGCCCCCUGAAAGGAAGGCUAUUUAUCUCACAGAAGUGAGUCCUACCCCGUUAGUGAAGUACGGAACGAGCUUCGUGCCAGAGAAAGAGCGAGCAUUAGAAUGGAAAGAUUAUAUCAGCAUGCAAUACACCAGUGAUGCCGAAGCUCUUGAACAUUGGCCUAUUGAGUGCAGGGAAGUGGCACUUGAAUACCUGAGGACAUCAAUCGGCAUGGUGAGCAAAUUGCUUGAAGUUUUAAUGGGAAAUCUAGGGGUGAAACCAGAAGACUCAAAGAUCGACGCACUCUUUGAUAAGAAGAUGAUUAAUAUGAACUUCUAUCCAACAUGUCCUAAUCCAGAUCUCACAGUAGGAGUAGGACGUCACUCCGAUAUGGGUACUCUUACCGUCUUAUUGCAGGAUGGAAUUGGUGGUUUAUAUGUGAAAAUUGAAGAUGAUAUAGAUUUUGGAAAGAAAGGAGAGUGGAUAGAGAUCCCUCCUAUCCCUGGUGCUUUGGUCAUCAAUGUUGGCGAUAUGUUACAGAUACUAAGCAAUGGAAAGUACAAAAGUGCAGAGCACAGAGUUCGUACCACAAGCACAAAAUCAAGAGUUUCAAUACCAAUAUUUACAAUUCCAAAACCAACAGAAAAGAUUGCACCGUUGCCUCAAGUGGUUGAGAAAGAUGGAAUUGCUCUUUAUAGAGAGUUUGUUCUUGCUGAUUACAUGAACAAUUUUUUUGGAAAUGCACACGACGGCAAGAAGUCCCUUGAUUUUGCAAAAAUUAAUUCUGCAUGA